CGUUCACAUGACCGCGGCAACGCACAACACGCAACCUUUUGGUGAAAUUGCGUACUUAUGUGGGUGCACCCUUUGUCAGCUCAUACAGUAGUAAUACUCACGCCAGAGGAUAUAUAACCACUGCUCUUGUGUAACGGUCUUCAGUAUAACUCAUCAUCAUGUCUUCUGGUGUAACAGCCGAUCUCUUUUUCAUGCAACCGCCUCCUAACGGCGAACGAGCAUACUUUGCCAUUAAUGCUCAGUCUCGCGGAACGCGAGAUAGGAAUUACUCCCUGGGACAAAAGGCUAUACACAUUGAGAAUUACAGGGAAAAGCAGGAUUCGAUAACCCUUGACACUGCCGGAUUCCAGCUUUUCUCCGAUCGGCCUACCCAGUUUAUCAAGGACGGAGAGGUGCAGGUUGAAGGUUACUACGAGGAGAGCAUUGCGGCUAUAAAAGAGUUGACGGGUGCGAGCAGAGUUGUCCUAUUCGACCAUACCAUACGCCGGCGCCGUCCAGAAGAAACUGAGGAUACGCCAGAGAAGCGACAGCCAGUCGCCAGCACCCAUGUCGACCAAACUCCCAAGUCGGCCGCUGCUCGUGUUCAUCGCCAUCUUCCACCGGAGGACGUCCCUAAACUGUUGUCCAAGCGAUUCCAGAUCAUCAAUCUUUGGCGACCAAUUCAGAACGCCGCCAUCGACUGGCCACUAGCGCUGUGUCAUUUCUCGAGUGUCGAUCCAGAGAAAGAUGUCGAGCCAGUUGCUUUAAAAUACCCUCACAUGGAGGGGGAGACCUAUGGUAUUAAAUACAAUGAGCGCCAGAAGUGGGGGUAUUUCAAGGAUGUGAGGCCUGACGAGUUUGUUCUUAUCAAGUGUUUCGAUUCUGUUCGGGACGGAAGCGUAGCCCUCUUCACACCUCAUACAGGCUUCGCGGAUCCUACGACGCCGGAAGGGGCACCGCUCAGACAAUCAAUUGAGCUCAGAGCAUUGGUAUUCUAUGACUAAGUUCCAUAGCAGGUGUUGUAUUCGUUACGUUCGUCUUAUAGUUCUAGGUCCUCGGCAGCCAAUUAUUAUAUUUUGAUAGACCGGCAUCAUG